GUCAUGUAACACUAAGUAUUGCGAUCAGUUGCGUGAGAGCGUGUGCGUGUUUAUGAUAACGCAGGAAGGCUUAUUUAUUGGCAUAGUCACGCGUGGGCUGCAAUAAGCUCGGGCAUCGGUUGGCACAGGAGCUCGGGAACCUGGCGUGUGAUAGACAGCCGCUGUCAUCCAGGAAAUUUGCUUCUGAGCCCACUACUGACAAAUCCCUGACUGGGGCAGGUCUUUUUCUAAAUCGUCUUCUCUUGUUUACUUCCAGGAGCGGCGUAACAUUCCAUCGGGUUCUGACCCGUUCACGAGACACAUAGGAACCUGACACAUUUCACAACACACGCACACGUGCGCAAGAUGAUGGAGCCCAUGUGUGCCACGGGUGUGGCGGCGAAGCUGCGUAGUCACAGGGACCGGCAGGGAGGUCUGGGCCAGAACGACAACGCCAUCAAGUUCCUGGAUCAGGACUACGAGAGCUUGCGGGCGCGAUGCCUCCAGAGCGGGAAGCUCUUUGAGGACAGCCUGUUCCCCUCCGCCCCGUCCUCCCUGGGCUUCAACAAGCUCGGACCCAAGUCGCCCAAGACGGACGGCGUGCGCUGGAUGAGGCCCGCGGAGUUGUCCAAGCAUCCUGCCUUCAUCGUGGACGGAGCGACACGUACCGACAUCUGCCAGGGAGCUCUGGGGGACUGCUGGCUGCUGGCGGCCAUCGCCUCGCUGACCUUGAACGACACCCUCCUGCACCGAGUGGUCCCGCACGGACAGAGCUUUGAGCAGGGAUACGCGGGAAUCUUCCACUUCCAGUUCUGGCAGUUCGGCGAGUGGGUGGAGGUGGUGAUCGACGACCGUCUGCCCGUGAAGAAGGGCAAGCUGCUCUUCGUCCACUCGGCGGAGGGCGGCGAGUUCUGGAGCGCGCUGAUGGAGAAGGCCUACGCCAAGUUGAACGGCUGCUACGAGGCGCUGUCUGGGGGCAACACGUCCGAAGCCUUCCAGGACUUCACGGGCGGCGUGACGGAAACGUUCAAGUUGAGCAAGGCGCCCUCCGACCUCUUCAGCAUCAUGGGCCGCGCCAUCGAGAGAGGCUCGCUGCUCGGCUGCGCCAUUAACGCCACCAGCCCCGAAGACAGGGAGGCGGCCAAUUUGAAGAAGCUGAUCAAGGGCCACGCCUACUCCGUCACGGGGUUGGAUGAGGUGGUCUUCUGUGGAAACCUGACCAAGCUGGUCCGCAUCAGAAAUCCGUGGGGGAAGGUAGAGUGGACCGGCGCUUGGAGCGACAAUUCUCAAGAAUGGGACGGCGUGGACCCUGACGUCCGCGCUCGGCUACAAAACCGCAGCGAGGACGGAGAAUUCUGGUUGUCCUUCAGCGACUUCCUGCGUGAGUUCAGCCGUCUGGAAAUCUGCAACCUGACAGCCGACGCCCUCCAGAAGAGCCAGAUGACGACGUGGUGCUCGUCGCUGUAUCCGGGCGAGUGGAGACGGGGCAGCACGGCCGGAGGCUGCAGGAACUAUCAGGCGACCUUUUGGCUGAAUCCGCAAUUCAAGUUGCUGCUGCAGCACCCCGACGUGCCCGGCACUUCGGAUUGCACCCUCCUGGUGGCGCUCAUGCAGAAGGACCACAGGAAGAAGCGGCGAGAAGGCAAAAACAUGAAGACCAUCGGCUUCGCCGUCUACGAGGUUCCCGACGAGGCUAAAGGGCAGACAGGGGUCCACUUGAAGCAGAACUUCUUCAAGACGCACGCUGUUAGCGCUCGCUCCGAAUGCUUCAUCAAGUCGAGGGAGGUCAUCUCGCGUCUGCGUCUCCCGGCCGGCGAGUACGUCAUCGUGCCGUCCACCUUUAAGCCCCACGCGGAUGCCGACUUCAUCCUGCGGGUUUUCUCCGAGAAGCCAGCCGACUCCGAGGAACUGGAUGACGACGUGGUGGCGGACCUUCCGAGCGAGAACUAUUUGGACGAGAGUCAGAUUGACGCCGGCUUCAAGAGUCUUUUCCGACAGCUGGCUGGUCCGGACAUGGAGAUCAGCAUCAACGAGCUGCAGACCAUCCUGAACCGCAUCAUCGGCGAGCAAAAAGACUUCAAGACGGACGGCUUCACCAAAGAGGCGUGUCGCAGCAUGAUCAACUUCAUAGACUCGGACGGCAGUGGCAUGCUGGGCUUGGUCGAGUUCAACGUGCUGUGGGAGAAGAUUCAACGCUACAUGACCAUAUUCAGGAACUAUGACCUGGACAAGUCGGGAAGCAUGAACUCCUACGAGAUGAGGAAGGCGCUGGAGUCCGCAGGCUUCAAGCUGCCCAAUCACCUGUUCCAGCUCAUCAUCCUGCGAUACACCGGGGAAGACGUGGCCGUCGACUUUGACAACUUCGUCACAUGUCUCGUCCGCCUAGAGUCCAUGUUCAAAACUUUCAAGAUCAUGGAGACGGACGCAGACGGCGUCAUCACACUCAACGUCUCCCAGUGGCUCUCCCUCACCAUGUUCGCCUAGACCCCAGCGGGCGGCCUAUCUGGUGCCUUCAGAUGCCGUGACCUCAUCACCGCACCUCAUCACCGCACGGCGUCUCGCUGUCAUAUUGCGAGCAACGUAAAUUGCCAUGGAGCACGGGUGUCAAUUUUGCUUUUGUCACGGGCCACGUCAUAGUUAGUUUCCCUCGAGCGCCGUUACGACAGUGAAAAUCACGUCAGCAUUCUCACCUCAUCACAUUACUGCAGAUACACAACUGCCCCCGCAAUUGAUAGUUAUGCUGUACUUGCAUCCUCUACUUAUCAAAAGUUAGGGACAUUCGGCAUCCAGGUGAAAAUUCAGGAUGAACCCUAAAAGCAGUAUAACCUUUUGACGGUGAACUUUAUUUGACCUUUUCUGAGCUUAAGAAUGUUCAACUGGGCAUUAUAUCAGUACUUUUUGCACAAAUUACUGCUCUCCAACAAGGAGCUGAACAAUAAAAAUUCACAAUGUGUUUGAUUCGUAGACAUUUCCAAGCAUAUACACUCCUAUGCCUUUCUGUGCCUCUUCCAGUUGCAACCUGCUGAUAACUUCUGUGUGACACUUGAAAUGGCAAGGUACUGUUGAUGAAUCGUUAGGGGGUGUUUGGUCUUAUGAUGUCAAAAUGUUACCAGCAUAACAUCAAGAUUUGUUAAAAUACACAUUUUAAUUGAACCAGGAAAUGUAUUUAGGCUAUUCAAGGAUCAAACACAUGUUGUGAUGUUGUUGGCAAGUUGUGCAAAAAGGACUGAAUCAUUGAACAGUUGGACAUAUUGGAAUUAAAAUGUUUGGUAAAGGUCAAAUGAAGUUCACCGGGGUUUAAAGAUCAUAAUGUAUUUUAGGUUCGUCCUGAAAUUUUCCCCUUUAAAAGCCCAAUAGCGCUAAUUUCUCUUAAGUAGUGUAUAUUGUUAACACCAAAUUAAGUUUAAAAUCAGAAGUCACAGAAAAUUAUGGUAUGUAAAUAUUUAAGUGUAAAACUACUGUUCCAUUUUAGUUAAGAGGGGAUUUGGUUUAUAAAAAAAAAAAAAAAAAAAAAAGAGCGUAAAGGAAAAAAAGGCAAUUUUGGGACAGAUUUUCAGCCCAAAAGAAAAUAACCAACCCAUUGAUCAAGAAACAUGAAGUAGACAGACUAUUUAAUUUAGUGGGCCACAUAGUGAUGCGGCAGGCAUAUGUGGGCCCCAGUCCUUGGAGUUUGACACCUGUGCCGUGGCGGAAGUUAGUUUAGAGUUUUGUAACCUCACCGCCAUCUCGCGUGGACCAGCGUGGGGUUCCCAUAUUCAUCUUUGUGUACAUUUGCGUUAUUGUGCGUCAAGCCAAGCCCGAGACAAACAGAGUAGUUGCAGGUGUGAAGUGUAGACACGGCUUCCAGCUAUGCUUCCUGUGCCAAACUGGUCACCAUUUUUUGGAGCACCAAGUAUAACCGUAACAAUGAUGACGUGCAUUUGUAGCUUUUUUCUACGGUGUAACAAAAAACACUUUUGUAACUCUUAGAAGAACAUCCUGUUUACAUGCAUUGUAACAGCCGAUCAAUGUCACAAAGUGUGUCGUAAUAAAUAACUUUUAUUAACAGCAGGAAAAAAAAAAACGGAGUCAAUCACAUUUGUUGAUGUUAAUAAACUGUUAAUUUACAAAUACAUAACG